ACCUAUUGUUAUCGAAACCCUUGGGGGCAAUGGCUAAUGCAGUUCUCAAAAUCCCAGUUUUAUCAAGCAUCAUCACUUCAACAGCUGUGAAAUGUUCAAAAUCAUCCUUCAGUUCUUCACUGCUUCAUAUUUAUGGCCGCCAUAUCUGUAACUGUUCAUCAGCUGCAUCUGUUUCUGAACGACAACCCCAAAUCAGGAGUCCCCAACUCGUCGCAUUGGAGUAUGCUGAUCUUACCAUUCCCCAUAUCGUCUGCGAGGAAUUGGGUGCUCUUCGGGUGAGGCAACAUGUUAACCCCCUUAGCGCUUCUUUAUCGAUUCCUGUUGAAGUGCCAAAUUGGGAAGAUGUAUUUGAAGACCCAAAAUUGCCUCUAGUGGUGGACAUAGGGAGUGGUAGUGGUAGAUUUCUCAUGUGGCUUGCUAAGAAGAAUCCUGGUUCCAAGAACUAUAUGGGCCUUGAAAUACGGAAAAAGUUAGUCACACGUGCUGAAAAGUGGGUGAAGGAGCUGGCUCUUAGUAAUAUACAUUUUCUGUUUGCAAACGCCUCAAUAUCCUUCAAGCAGCUCAUUUCAACAUACCCUGGCCCUUUGAUGUUGGUUUCAAUACUGUGCCCAGAUCCUCAUUUUAAAAAACGGCACCAUAAAAGAAGAGUUUUGCAGAAGCCUCUUGUGGAUGCGAUUGUCGACGGUUUGAUGCCUGGAGGACAGGUGUUUAUACAGUCCGAUGUGCUCGAAGUUGCUAUCGACAUGCGGAGGUAUCUCGAUGCUGAAUCAGAUAAGCUUGUCCAUGUAGACAAUAUCGACUCUAGCUUUCUGUGUGACGAUGCAGGAUGGUUGAAGAGUAACCCCAUGGGGAUCAGAACCGAAAGAGAGAUACAUGCAGAAUUUGAGGGUGCAAAGAUUUAUAGAAGAAUGUACCAAAAACUAUCAUAGUCUUUUCGUCCCAUUCAACAGUCCGAGGUGCCAAAAUGGGUGGGCUUGGGCUUUUCAACCCGUUUCUAUUUUUGCUAGAAAAUUAUAUUUGAUCAAUUUGACCCGUUAGAGAUCAAGUGCGAGUGUGUAACUGAUAUGUCGACCCCUAAAGGAUCAAAUCAAAAUGGCGUCUGAAACGCAGUUCGUUUAUAACCCGCAGUGUAAAAGGAUGUUAUAGAUUAUGGUAGCUUGCUAAAGAAGGAAUCUUUGUAUUUCAGUAACAGAAGUUUUUCUGUCUUUAUUCAGAGGAUUUAUUAACAAAUUAGUAAAUUACUGUUGACACAAA